AACGCAUGGGCACAUGACACAACCACCACGUUCAGAGAAAGCGCGCGAACUGAUCGUGUGAGCGCGGAGCGUACGAACCCAGGCCUUCAGCUCUUCAGGCAUUCCGAGCUUACACAGAAGGGCGAAGAGAACAAGACGGUGGCGUUGAGUCGUGUGACCGACUAUGCGCAAAUCAGCGCAAAGCGUGCGUUUGCAUGCAACAGACAGUGGUGAUUCGACUAGGUAAAGCACGGAGGAAGGAAACCCAGGAGAGGCCCUGACGUCACUCUUUGUGAAGCUAAAGUGAAGCCGGAAGUUGACAUUGCUCAUGGCGUUGCUCCGCCUUUCGGGCCAGCUCUCCUCUCUUGUUUACAUUUCUCGCGAAAUCAUGCCGCGCUGCGCGCAACCGGGCUGCUCGGACGCGCGCGCUCCGCAGCAAUACUAUAAACAAUCGUUAGCACGUUAGCGUGAUUGCGCCAAAGAGGGCAAAAUUUCCCGCGGAUAUUCCUUCGUCCGUUGCCAUUGCCGUGGCGCGGUACAUUGCGUACAGCGUUGCAUGCGCGUUCAUUUCACGAACUUUAGUUCCUCCUGUCCCACCUGGCCACAGCAACACCCGGUAGAGCACGGUCCAGAUAACGCAGCGCAACAAAACACGGAGACCAACGCGAACCUGCCCGCACGGCGCCUUUGCCACGCUACGAAACCUACGGCGCAAGACGUGUGAGCGCACAGAACCAUAACAAAGCCGCCAUUGUGGCCCGAAAGGCGUGGCCACUACAGCAAAGAAAUAAAAAAAAAACAGCAAAAAAAAAUACGGAGAACAUACUACGUCAUUUUCUCCACACUUUUCUCCUAGCGCGCGGAGGGGGUAGGGCCUCUCCUCACUUUCCUUCCUCCAUGGCUCCGAAGCAACCAACGCACGCGCGCGCUACCAAAGCCACUUAGAAAAAAAUGUAAGGCCUCCGCAUCACCUCCUCUCCCCUGUCAAUACGUCACGAGAGUCGGAUGGUAGCGGUGGAUGGGGGAGCGCUGCGUUUCUAGAACGCGGCGCGCGUUCUGAAAACAAAUUUUCUCCGUGGCUGCAACGCUAGAGCGGCAACGCGUGGAGCAUUUGCUUGGUGGCUUUGGUGGGGCAUGCUGCACCGUAAACGCGAUUGCUUUUCUUCGAUUGUGCGUGGUUCGUCGUACACGGAAGCGCAACGAUGCCUGGCUGUUGUUGCGCACCAAACUGCAAGUCCAAUUAUGACGGAGGACAAAGUGUCCGAGUGCACAAGUUCCCAUCUGACCGAGCCACUCGGGAAGCAUGGACGAGAGCAGUUCCUCGGAAGGACUUCUCGCCAACGAAGUACACAGUGCUCUGUGAAAAGCAUUUCUUGCCAUCGGAUUACUUGAAGACGACAUCUUACACGGACGUCAAGACAGGAAAAGUGGUCGAAGUUGCCAUGAAAAACAUGCGUCUGAAGAAAACUGCAGUUCCGAGCUUGUUUCCCAAUUGCCCUGCCUAUUUAUCGCGUCCGCAAGUGUGCGUUCGAGAAGCGCCGGCUGCCAAAAGAGCGCGCUUGGAAGCCACAUAUUUGCAAAAAGCAAUAAUGCUUUCUCAGCAAACCCAAGCAGAAGAGGACGCCGAAAAUCUGGUUAAUAGCUUUGCGGACUUGCUGAAGGCCUUGCCAAGCUUUCGGUGUUCGGACUUCUGGACAGUUUUGAACAAGGGCUCCAAGGUUUUCUUUUUUGACUUGUCACUUCAAUCUGCUCCUGCAGUCCGUACUUCGGUGAUCGUGUCCACAGACCUGCGCGUCGAAGUAUUUUUUGGUGAAACGGGUGUGAGGAAGUGUGGUGAUGUUUUAGUUCCUGAGAAGCUGUGCGACUUGAGAGAUUUGAAAAGUUUGUUACACAUGAUCGACCAGACACGUAAGGAUAUCAGCACUGAGCGUUCUGAAAAGGCCCGUCAUCUACUGACAUUGGUUUCGACAUUGCUAGAGGAAGUAAGUGGAAAACAUUUCGCAUGCGAGUUGCAAGAAUGGCAUUUGGAAGUGCUUAAAUUCUUGAAGAGUCAAGUUGAUCUUGUUUUGAAUGAUGCUGGCCGAUAUCCCCCCGAUUUAUUGGUUUUUGCUAGCCUUUUGUUCACAAUUUCACCUCAGGCAUAUAGAUUCCUGAGAAGUUCGAUGAAGCUUAAGAUGCCGCAUCCUGAUACGAUCAAAAGACUGUGUUCAUCGUACGAUGUACGCCCUGAAACGGAGCAGCAAGAAUGUAGCUUUCUUUCCUAUGCAAAGCGUAUUGUAAGCACAUAUAAAGAGCAUGAAAAGUCUGUAACGUUAAUGAUUGAUGAGAUUCACCUUCAAUCAUUUUUUGAUUACAAGGCUGGGUUGGUUACUGGUGCUGCGGUAAAUUCAUCGACUGCAGCAAAAACUCCCCACGUAUUUAUGAUACAGAGCCUGCUUUCUUCAAACAAGGAUGUUGUACACAUGCUUCCUGUGGCACAAAUCGAUGCUAAGGCGCUGCACGACUUCCUUCGGAAGAUUGUUCUUGAUCUAGAGGCAUCUGGUUUUAGAAUAAUCGCAGUGAUCUCGGACAAUAACUCCAUAAACAGAAAAGCCAUGUCCUACUUCGCUAAGCCGGCAAGUGUCAGCAUUGUUUACCAGCAUCCUGCUGACCCAUCACGACCCCUGUUUUUUGUGGUGGACCCAGUUCACAUAAUAAAGUGUAUAAGAAAUAACUGGCUGAAUCAAAGAAACAUUGACAAAUGCAUGUACUUUCCUGAACCGAAGAGUGAUGAGGCUGAACCAAAGAUACUUACAGCAUCUUUCAAGGUAUUAUGCCAGCUGCACGAAGCUGAAAAGCAUGAGCUCUUGAAGCUAGCACCAACGCUCACUUUGAAGCCAAAUAUCGUUGCUGUGGAGAACACGCAGGGAUACGGGCGCCUGAAGAGCACUGGCUAUAUUGCAGUUCGCUGGGAUUGGUUUAAACGAGGUACGCAAGGUGUGAUCUACAUCCGGUAA